AUGAAAAUUAAUCCUACAACGCAUAACUUUUUGUGUUUUUCUAAUGACUUAAUAGAUAUUGAUGGUACUUUAAAAAUAUUUUCAAGAAGAACAUUAAGCCGUCGCAUUCUAGAAAAUUAUACGUUUAUUUAUGAAAAAUUAAAAAAUCUUUUUGAAUCUGAUCCUAAACCUAGUUUAUGUACAACAGCCGAUAUUUUGUCAACAAAACAUAAAUCAUUUAUGGGAGUUACAGCACAUUGGAUUGAUGAAACCACAUUAACUCGUUUUAGUUGUGUAUUAGCCUGCAGGCGAUUUCGUGGCUCUCACACAUACGACAAAAUUGCUGAAUUGCUCCAUGAAAUAAUAUGCGAGUUUUCAAUUGAAAGAGAACAGUUGAUUUCAACUGUUACCGACAAUGGCUCAAAUUUUGUCAAAGCAUUUAAAGAUUUUGGUUGUGAAAUAAACUGCAAUUUCCAAACUAAUGAUUUAGAAUUCAAUGAUGAUAGAGAAAAUACAGAUGAAGAAGAAAGUACGGAUCAGGCUACAUUUGAAAGUAUCGAAGUAGAUGACAUCAUGACACAAGGAACUACAAUUGUUUUGCCUCGUCAUUUACGCUGUGCAAGUCACACAUUGAGUCUUAUUGCCACUACAGAUUUUAACUACAUUUUAAAAGGGACUCCAGCAUCUAGAAUCAACCAUUCUGUUAUGGGUAAAUGUACAACACUCUGGAAUUUGUCACGAAGACCAAAAUCUUCAGAAAUUAUUCAUAAUAUAUUAAAUUGUUCGCUAAAAUAUCCAUGUCCAACUCGGUGGAAUUCUCUUUAUGACAGUAUUACACAGCUUUUGAAAUACAAAGACAAAUUAAAUUUAGUAUUAAAAGAAUUAAAUGUUAAAUAUACUUUAAAAGAAAUAGAUUUGGAAUAUUUAGAGGAAUUAGCUGCGUUGUUAAAGCCUAUUGCUGGUGCCUUAGACUUUUUGCAGAGUGAAAAUCAAUGUUACUACGGUCAACUUUUACCCACAUUAUUUUCACUUAAAACUAGAUUAGAAAUGUUAAAAGAAAAACAUUUUCGUCAUUUAGCUAAUAUGAUAACACCGUUGGUUAAUUCUUUAGUAAAACGAUUUAACGAUUUUUUUUAA